CCAGACGAUACCAGCAGCAAAACGCUGAAGAGUAAACUCCAGCAGCUUCUCCCAUGGCACACAAGCAACUUGUUGACCCCGUCCAUCAAAGGUGAACGCUGCGAAGAGCAGAAAUUAUUGCCUCAAAUUCGGAACAAACACUGCAAAGUCAAUUAAUUGAUGCACCAUGAGCGAUACUGUGGACAUUCCGUUGCCCACAGAAACAGACAAUCUUUUGAAUAUUCGAGAUGUGGAUGCGCCUCCCGUACCCGUGCCAGCACCGGCAGUGGAUAUGAAUGCGGGCGGAAAUGCCAUUUUGGACAUGAUGGAUGUCAAUCCAACUCCUGUGAACAUGGGGGCUCCGGCUCCUGUGGAUUUUGGGACUACUGUCAGCCAGCACCUCACGACACACGAGCAUCCUCAUCAUCAACAACAACAACACCCAAUGGCAUCGUUGCAGCAUCAGACCAUCCAAGUCCAGGGUCAAUCUCUCCAACUGCCAGAACCCGCCAAGGCAGGGGAAGAUCAAAACGAGCCAUAUGGAAUGCCACAACAGCAGCAGCAGCAAGCCCCUCCUCCUCCAGCUGCGCCGCCGAUUCAGGUAUCGAAUUCCGAACCACAGGACCAAUCCCAGCAACAAGACAUGCAACCUACGCCUCAUGCAGGUGAACUCGUGGCGGCUGCCGCUUCUGUCGCCAUAUCGGCCCUCAACGCCUCCUUUGAUACGGGUGCUGGCGCCUCAACUAAUU